AGACUCUUCUUUUUCUCGUUCCGCGCUAUGAGGUCGUUCAAAGCUUCAAAGAUCACAAGACCCCUGCUGGCAAACAAGGCCUGGGGGUUGCCAGCAUGCAAGGGCAUGUCGUCGCAAUCGUCCGGUGGACAUGCGAAGAAGAAAACAAACGCAGACUCUCACGUUGCUUCAUGGCAGCCAACUUAUCACUCCAAGAAGCUAGACUUCGCCACAUGCGAUCCUGACUCCCUAGGGUCGGGCGCUCCUGCCAAAGUGCAUAACAUCAUUCAAGGGGAGUGGAUCCAGGGAACAGACGGAGCUUACGAGGUGAUCCCCGACCCCAUCGACGGCAGGCCCUUCAUCGAGGUCUCUGAGAUCCAGCAGAACAGCCUCAACGCCUUCGUUCGCAGCCUCAACUCCUGCCCCAAGUACGGGAUGCACAACCCGCUGCUCAACGUCGACCGGUACCUCCUGUACGGGGAGAUCUCGUUGAAGGCAGCCAACAUGCUCAGGGAUCCGGAAGUAGAGCGCUUCUUUGCUCGCCUGAUUCAGAGGGUCUCUCCCAAGAGCUACGCGCAAGCGCGGGGGGAAGUGGUGGUGACAAGAAAAUUCUUGGAGAACUUCUCAGGAGAUCAGGUUCGCUUCCUAGCAAGAUCGUUCUCAGUCCCUGGAGACCACACUGGCCAGCAGUCGCAGGGAUAUCGCUGGCCGUACGGGCCAGUCGCUCUGAUCACUCCCUUCAACUUCCCUCUGGAGAUCCCUGUGCUUCAGACCAUGGGGGCGCUGUACAUGGGGAACAGGCCGCUGCUCAAGGUCGACAGCAAGGUGUCCAUAGUCAUGGACCAGUUCAUACGGCUGCUCCACUCGUGCGGCAUGCCGAUGGGCGACCUGGACUUCAUUAACUGCCAUGGCCCGAUGAUGCAGACGCUACUGGAGAAGGCGAGGCCGAGGACAACACUCUUCACGGGGAGCUCCAAGGUCGCCAACAUCCUUGCGGAGAGGCUGGAGGGACGGGUGAAGGUCGAGUCCGCAGGGUUUGGAUGGAAGGUACUAGGGCCCGACGUGCCGUCAGACCCUGCCGUCAUCGACUACGUCGCGCAUGUUUGCGAUCAGGACGCGUACGCUUCGUCGGGUCAGAAGUGCUCGGCACAGUCGAUCCUCUUUGUGCACAAGAACUGGAGCAAAACCAACCUGCUCGACAAGCUGCAGCAGCUCGCGUCCCAGAGGCGCCUUGAUGACUUGACAGUGGGGCCAACCCUCAGCGUCACCACUCAGACGUUCACGAACCACGUCGAGGCCCUCAAGAAGAUCCCCGGGGCCCGCGUCCUCUUCGGGGGGGUAGAGAUCAACGAAGGCAAGCACAACAUCCCCAGGCAGUACGGGGCGAUGAAGCCAACGGCCGUCAUGGUACCGCUAUCCUCCCUAACUGCGAGCAAGGAGAACCUUCAGCUCGCUACCACCGAGGUCUUCGCCCCUUUCCAGGUCGUGACUGAGUUCGACGACUCGGACAUCCCGGCCGUCCUCGACGUCCUCGAGUUCGUUCAGAAUCACCUUACAGCCGCCAUCGUCUCCAACGACGUCUCGUUCCAGCGUCUCUUUCAAGGAAGAAGCGUGAACGGGACCACCUAUGUCGGUAUGCGCGCCAGGACAACAGGAGCACCGCAGAACCAUUGGUUCGGUCCUGCCGGGGACCCGAGAGCCGCAGGCAUCGGAACCAAGGAGGCGAUUCACGUGACCUGGUCCUGCCAUCGAGAGUUUAUCCACGACAACGACCUUUCCUUCAUUAAGAACUGGAAGCUCCCAGCUCGCACCUGAGCUACAUCCCAACACAGGCGCCCUCGAAGAUAGCUGUAUCUUACUGGUUUAUUAGACUACUUGCCCCUAGACACCUUGAACGGCUGCGUCUUC